CUUUUGAUGCCUAAUAGCAAAGUUGAAAAACUGUGGACUGGUAACCAGAAACUUGUUAAUUUGAAACAUAUUGACCUCAGUCACGCUAAGCAUCUAUGUAGAAUGCCAAAUUUUUCACUUAUCCCAAAUCUGGAGAGCUUGAUUCUGAAAGGUUGUGCAAAACUCAAGAGUUUCUCAUCUAUCCAUAAUCUCCAUAAACUUGUUAUCCUGAAUCUAAAAGGUUGCAAAGGCUUAAAAAAUUUUCCAAUCAGUGUUCAUUGGAGAUCUCUACAGGAAGUUUAUCUCUCCAAUUGCUCAAAUCUCAGAACAGUUUCAUAUCUUCCUUGUACAGUUAAGAUAUUAUAUCCAGAUGGAACUGCAAUAAAAGAAUUGCUAUCAAUAGAGCAUCUAUUUAGACUAGAAGUGUUGGAUCUUAGAAAUUGUUCAAGACUUGAGAAGUUACCUGAGAGUGUUCGUGAGUUAAAAUCUCUUAUACGUCUUGAUCUCUCGGGUUGUACCAAUCUUGACAGAUUGCCAAAUGACAUAGAAAAUUUAACGCUUUGGGGAGACUUGACAUGA